AUGAUUCACACCACGGGCGGGGGUGGCUUCGCCACGACGACGCAGGACCUCGUCAAGCUCAUUGAGACACCCAAGGAGCACUUUGGCGAGCACCUCGCGACGCUCGGGGGUAUCGAAGGCAUCGCAGCCACGCUCAAGUCGUCCUUGGUCGCAGGCCUCGACAGCAACAAUGCGCAAGACCUGCAGGCGCGCGAGGACGUGUUUGGCCGCAACUACAUUGAGCCCGAGAAGCCCGCGACGAUUCUUGAGCUCAUGUGGGAAGCCUUUCACGACUCUACGAUCAUCGUACUGACCAUCUCGGGCACGGUCUCGACCAUCCUGGGAUUUACGGUGCCACACGAAGGCGGCACCGGGUCUGACUGGGUUGAAGGAGCUUCGAUCCUUGGCGCUGUCUUGCUCGUCAUCACCGUCUCGGCUGUCAACGACUACCAGAAGGAGAAGCAAUUCGCGGCCCUCAACGCCAUCAAGGAGGACGAGAAGAUCAAGGUCAUUCGCAACGGC